AUGAUGGAGAUUUUACCAGCAGGUUACUCUGAUUUUCGAAGUAGGGAGUACUGGAAUAGUUUCUUCCAAGCUUUUGAUAAAAAAAAUUUCGAAUGGUAUGGCACAUAUGAAGAUAUAAAAAGCAUUGUUUAUAAAUGCAUAAAAGGAAGAUUAAAUUAUUGUAAUGAAGAAGCAAAUGGUGAUUUGAAAAAAGAACUAGUAAACAAAAAUUGUUUAAUAAUAAAUACAGGAUGUGGGAAUUCAAAUAUAAGCUAUGAAUUUUAUGAAGACGGUUUUGAUAAUAUUAUCAACAUAGAUUAUUCAGAUGUAGUAAUUAAUAAAAUGCGUAAAAAGUUUGGAGAUAAAAUGGAAUAUAUAAAUAUUGAUAUUAGCGAUAGGAAAGCAUUUGAUAAUUUAUUAGAAAAUUUAGAAAAAGUGAAAAUAAAAAACAAAAAAGACUUUAAAAUUUUUUUUGAUAAAGCUUUUUUAGAUGCUUAUAUAUCAUGUAAUGAAAAUGAAGAGGAAAUAUGUAAAAGUAAUGCAAAAAAUUAUUUUUCUAUUAUUUUAAAAUAUCUUAAUAAAGGGGAUUUAUUUAUUAUUAUUACUUUAGCGCAAUAUUAUAUAAUUAAAGAAGUUGUUAGAAAUAUAUAUAACGAAAAUGUAAAAUUAGAAGUAAUUCCUUUUCUGAUAAAAAAAAAUACAAGUGAAUUUAAAUAUCAUCCCUUUGUUUUUGCCCUUUAUAAAAGUGAUAAAAAGAAAAAGGAGUAUACUGCUAAUUUUGUACAUUUAGAAAACAAUUCAACAAGUGUUAUAUCUUUAUGGAAAUUACCACAAGAAAUAAAUCAAACUCGAGAAAAUGUAAACCUCCAUAUAUUUAAAAAGGGAAAGAGAAUAAUUCUAGAUAUAUUUAAUAAUAAUUUAAAUAAAUGCACUUAUAAUGUAAUUGUAUAUGAUUCAAACAAUGCACAAGUUACAUAUAACACAGUUGUCAUAGUAGUGCCAUUUGGAUAUGAGUUUCAUUCACUUUAUGCUACUGCAGAAGGGAAUGAAGAACUGGCGAGAAAGGCAAAAACUAGGAGGUUGCUCCUAGUGAUGAAGUCCAACUUUAUGUUGUCCCUUGAUGAAGAUAAUGAUAAUAAGCAGAAUGAAAGUGCUUAUAAGGGAAAGCAUGAUACAUGUUUCACUGGAAGCAUAAUCCAAAGUACAAAUAAUUGUAACGCUGCUUUACGUAAUGAAAAGCGGGAAAGCAGUGUAAGCCUCUAUUACAAUAAUGACGGUAAUGAUAAUAAUGAUAAUAAUGUUAAUAAUGAUAAUAAUUCAUGCGUUGCGUUAAAUGGAUAUGGAAGUACAAAGCAGUACCUGAAUGGACUAACUAGCCAUGUAAAUCAAGGGGGAACUUCGGAAAACAUGGGGAAAAAAGAUGCUCAAGUAAUUAGUAACACUGGCAAUGGAAGUACUCCAUUAAAUAAUAAUCUGCAAAGUGAGUUAUACGCAAACAGUAAUUCAGUUAAUAUACUUUUAGAUUCCAUUAAAAAUGAGCUACAGAAUAUUCUAAACGAGUUAGCUCUACCUAAUUCCAGCAAUUUCCCAAUAAUGGCUCUAAAUGAAGACGUGAAAGAUUGUAAAAUUAUCGGUCAUGAAAAGUCAAAAUACUGUUCAACUAUUAUAAUACGGGACGUGCUAGUUACAGAGGAGUUCAUUUCGGAAAAUUUUAUCUUCGAUAGGGAUAAUACAGAAAAAAAAAAAAAAAAAAAGAGCAACGAGACAAACAGCAAAAGUAACGGCGGAGAAACGCACAAUAUGUGGGACGAUGCCCUUUUUGCAAUUGAGAAAAAUAAAAAAGAGAAGGAAAUUUAUUUUAAAAAUAAAGAGAUUUAUAAAAGACAAAUGAUAUUUUCCUACGAUCCAUUAACUGUUCAGUCUGAAUUAAUAUACACAAAAAAAGAAAAGGAGGAAAAAAUAAAUUUCGAAUAUAUUGAAUCAGCUAGCCAAUAUCAUAUAAAUUUUUGUUGUAGUUUUUUUUUUAUAAUAAAUACCAAUUUUAUAAAAGAAAAAAAUUUCAUAAAUAUAUGUAUAUUAGGAGGAGGUACUAAUGUACUUUCAAAUAUUAUCAAAUCGAUAUUUUAUGAUUAUUAUUUACAUUUUGAUAUAAUUGAAAUAGAUGAAACAGUGCACAAAUUUUAUUCCUUAUUUUUUGAUGAACAAAUGAAAAUUAAUGAAAAGUAUAUAACAAAUUACUUAAUAAAUGACGCCUAUGAUUACAUACAAAAUUUUGACAAAGCACAAUUUUAUGAUAUUAUAUUUCUUGAUAUGAACAAUUCUCAAAAUUCGUACAUACAAAUAAAUGAUUGCAAGAUACACAUUACUUGUCCCCAUGUUAAAUUUUUAAAUAAGGAAAUUAUCUCAAGUAUUAAAAAAAUUUUGAAAGAAAAUGGAAUUUUGGUUAUUAAUUUAUUAACACGUGAUAUUAAAGCUCGGACUUAUGUAUAUCAACUUUUUAAAACUUUAUUUGUGUCUGUUAUAAAUAUCUCAUCAUCUAAUAAGGAAAUUAAUGACGUCAUUGUUUGCAGCUCGGAGGUGAUAACAGAGGAAAGGAUUUCUACGUUUCAUAUAGGCCUAAUGGAAAUGAUCAAAAAGAAUUACGAUAAAUGGUUUUUAAACUUUGAUUUUAAGAAUUUUAUACAUAAUGUCAAGAUUAUGUGA